AUGAAACUAAACACCAAAGCCCUCCGCUACCUCAACGCAAGCGACUGGCGAGUCCUAACGGCCGUGGAAACCGGCAGCCGCAACCACGAAGUCGUGCCCACCCCACUGAUAGCGAACCUCUCAAAGUCGAACGUCGGCGACGUCCAACGCAGCAUCUCGCUCCUCGCAAAAGCCAACCUUAUCGCAAAAGUCAAAAAUGCCAAAUACGACGGAUACAGACUGACAUACGGCGGACUAGACUAUUUGGCACUACAUUCGCUCCAGAAGGGAAAUGUCGUCUACAGUGUAGGCAACCAGAUCGGCGUUGGAAAAGAAAGCGACAUCUACGUCGUGAGCGAUGAACGGGGUGAACAGCGGGUCCUCAAAAUCCAUCGACUCGGUCGAGUCAGUUUCAAGAAGGGGGUGCGCAAUAAACGCGACUAUGCAAGGACCAAAGUUCAAAAGGAGAGAGGUGCCGGAAGUUGGAUGUACAUGUCUAGACUUGCCGCAGUUAAAGAAUACGCUUACUUGCAGGCGUUGCAUGAUGUCGGACUCAGUGUGCCUGUUCCGCUUGGCCAGAAUCGACAUCAGCUGGUCAUGUCGCUGGUUGAUGGGUUUCCUCUCAGGCAGGUUGAUAAGGUUCCCGAUCCAGCUGGGUUGUAUGCGGAGUUGAUGGAGAUGUUGUUGCGCUUGUGUUCGUACGGUUUGAUCCAUGGAGAUUUCAAUGAGUUUAAUAUAUUGAUCAGGGAAGUGGAGCAACCUGGUGAUGAUGGCAAUGGCGAGGUCAAGUUGGUGCCGGUGUUGAUUGAUUUUCCGCAGAUGGUCAGUGUGGACCAUGCGAAUGCCGAGUUUUAUUUCCAGAGAGAUGUGGAUUGUGUUAAGCGGUUUUUUGCCAGACGGUUCGGCUUCACUAGCAAUGAAGAGGGUCCUUUUUUUAAGGAUGCUAAACUGCUGGUCGGCAAGGAUGGCGCUAGGAGGCUCGAUAUUGAAGUUGAGGCUUCCGGGUUCUCGAAAAAACAGGCUAAAGAACUCGAAGCUUAUAUGAAAGAGCAUGGCAUUGAUGGCGAUGCGAAAGACGGUGCAGAACAUCAAGUCGACCGUGACACUGGAGAUGAGGAUGAGGAUGAAGAUGAAGAUGAGGUGGAGGGGGACGACGAAGUUGAUGAAGAUGACGGCAAUGGUGAAUGUCAAAGUGAUAAUGCCGUGCCGGACUCUGCCACAGGAUGA